AUGGCGGGAUCCAGCGAUUUGGAGGCCAACAGAAUGGCGCAUGGAUCUGUGGCUGCCGACAGCCAAGUUGCAGAGAAGCCUGGAAACCAGGGAACAGCUCCAAGAGUACAUGCUUCUGCGUACAUCCUAACAUGGAUCUUCUUUUCCAAUGCCACCAUCAUCUUCAAUAAGUGGCUCAUUGACACUGCUGGUUUCCGAUAUCCCAUCAUUCUCACAACAUGGCAUCUCGUCUUUGCCACAGUAGCAACUCAACUUCUAGCUCGAACAACGACUCUUCUCGAAUCACGCCAUGCUCUCCCACUUUCUCGACGACUUUAUGUACGGACUAUCCUCCCUAUCGGUAUCCUCUACUCUGCCUCGCUCGUCUUCUCCAACAUCGUCUAUCUCUACCUAUCCGUUUCGUUCAUUCAGAUGCUGAAAUCUACCGGUCCUGUCUUUACACUUAUUGCUUCCUGGGUAUGGGGCGUUGCCCAGCCUGAUACCAAGACGUUUGGUAAUAUCAUGCUCAUUGUGGCCGGUGUUGCCCUGGCUAGUUUUGGAGAGAUCGAAUUCUCGUGGUGGGGUUUCAUCUCCCAGAUGUGUGGUACCAUCGCCGAAGCCGUACGAGUUGUCAUGAUUCAAGUUAUGCUCAGCGCAGAAGGUCUCCGUAUGGAUCCUCUUGUUGGCCUUUACUAUUACGCACCCGUCUGUGCUCUCAUGAAUCUCGUCGUUGUCUUUUUCACUGAGGGUCCUCGUUUCCAAUGGGAGGAUGCAGCACACGCCGGCUAUGGGAUGCUGUUCGCCAAUGCUUGUCUUGCAUUUGUCUUGAAUAUCAUCACCGUCUUCCUUAUUGGUAAAACGUCAGGACUUGUCAUGACUCUUAGUGGAAUCCUUAAGAGCAUUCUUCUCGUGGCUGUCUCCGUUGUUAUCUGGAACACCCACAUCUCCCUCCUUCAAACACUUGGAUACUCAGUUGCUCUCAUGGGUCUUGUUCUGUAUUCAGUAGGAUACGAACAACUCCUCAAUACAUGGGAGGAGGCUGUUGCAUGGGGCACAGGUACCCUGAACCGUGAGGGCGAAAUGUCCCCCACUCUACGCAAGAUCAUCAUGAUUGGAUGCCUAGGCUUCAUCACCAUAAUCAUUGCUGGUGCGUUAUGGCACUACCACGGGCUAGAUAGUGCAAAAGUGGCUCGGGCGACCACGUCGUGGUUUGGCCAAUGA